GAGAAGUGGAGGUGGAGAGGAAGAGACGGUGGUGAAGACAAGGAAGCGGAUCGAAGAAAGCGGCGCAGGUGCGAUGGACUGCUGGCCGGAGCGCGCACAAGCGGCGAGGCCAAUCGACGUUGUUCGGCUGGGCUUGACGGAAGUUUUCUCGCUAGGGACUGACAGCAAACGAAGAAGGUCUUGGGAGCGGGAACGGAGAAUUGACGACUCGUGCGUGCAGAAGCUCGCGGGCUGGCUUUAAUAUAGCCUUCGGCGCCGUCUCGUUCGCGCGUGAAGACUGACAACCACGCCUGCCUUCCUCGCUACGCCAGGCGGGAGACGGCCGGGGGUGCCAGCGACCGGCCUCCCGCAGGAGCAACGAGCAUGGCCGUGGACGCACACGGAGGGCGACCACCUGCCGGCAGCCCGCGUCCAUGGCGCCUCGACUGGACUCGACGCGCCCUGGCCACGCCGUACCAAAGAGUAUGGCGCAACGAGCCGAAGGCGACCGUUGGCCAACGCAGAAGCGACUGCACCUUUCAACCAACUUCUGUCGUGGGUCUCCCGCAGUCGCGGGCAGAAGGCGACGUCGAAUUCGCAUCCACUUGCCCCUGGCCUGCCGGGUGGGUCCGUGGCGUCGGCUAUCUAGGUGAUCGAAUGGGUGAUCGCCCACAUGCAUUCCCGCCUUGGGCCUCGUGCAAACCUUGUGCGCACCGCUGCAAUGUGCUGUCGACCUGGCAGGAAGCCUCCCAUGUACACAUUACCAUGCUCGCGGCGACCCUGGAUCAAGAACAUGUUGCAGGGACCCCCCAGUGUGCUUCACAUCAAAAGUACCGCCGCGGCUGCACGAACAGCGCGAAACUCUCUCCUCCAUCUCAGCUUAACCUGCCGCGCAAUGAUGUAGGUCCAGACAGCCACAAAAGGCGCCACUGCGUGGCCCUUGGUAUGCCACCCACGCUACGGCGCAGUGUGCUCUUUGGGCUUGGCCCACCGAUCUAUGUACUCCCUGAUUCGACAAAGCUCCCUCACGCUAUCACUACAUUUCCGCCGCUAGUUCGCGCCAAUCCAUGAUUUAUGCCAGACUUGAGCUAGGCCUCUCCUCUCCCGCCCCGAACCGCCGUUGUGCCUCAGCAC